AGUGCGAAACAAGAGACGACUAGCUAAGACGAAAGUUAGGAUGAAAAUGAAUAUCUGACAACGAAUGAAGAGAAAGAGGAUUUUUUGCUUUUCCUUUAUCUUCGUCUAGAACUGAUAGGACAAAUCGAACAAAGUUUCUUCUCUUUCCUUCCGUCACAUUCGAUUUUCGACAGAAAGAGAAAGCCAAAUUAUACAUGAAAAUAGCUGGAGAAAGCACAUGUUCGUUAUGAAUUCGAAAAGAAAGAAUUCUUUCUAUACAGUACAGUACAGAAGGAAUUAAAUUCACUUUGGUUUUAUCAUUGAUUGAAAUAUUUUUCACAGUGAUUUAUUUGAGUUUAGGGUGAUUUAUGUGAGUUAUUUGAGUUUAGGGUGACCUAUGUGAGUUAUUUGAGUUUAGGGUGAUUUAUAUGAUUUAAAUUUGAGUUUUAGGUGAGUUAAAUCCGCUUUUUCCCCCUUGGUACAAAUGCUUUUCUUACAUUUCUUCAUAUUAUUUUAAAAUUGCUUUUUAUUUACAUAGACCUGAUGGUGAACGUCCUCCACGUCCUGAACGUAAUCACACUCAUCCAGAGGGUGGACGACCUGGAGACAAAGACGAUGGUGAUCGUCGACCAGGUGGCAAACCUGAACGAGAAGAAAAGAAUGAUAAACAUUGGCCCAGUCGCAGUAAUGAUCGGGAGAAUUCGGAUAGUAAUGGUGAGUAAUUCUUUCCAUAUCUAAUAAAUAGUCAUCAAUCAGUUUAGUUAAAGAAGUCCCAUGUAGUUCAUUGUGUUCUAUCGUAAAAAAGAAUUCUGAUUA